ACUGACUCUUGUCUGUCGUACGGGAUGUGUUUUGGUCUGUUGGUCUUCCAACAAUUUAUUCUUCGACGUUUCAUGCGCCGAAUGUUUAUGGCCCCUUGAACCAUGUCGUGGUACUCCCCUGACCUGGGAACGACUUGGCUGGAAAACCAGCGAUAAAGACGCAUCUAGUCCGAGCGCUUUCAAGGCCUUCAACGCUUCGAAGGUAUAAAGUCAAGGCGACUUUCGAGGGUUUACUCAUUUGAGUAUCACGUCUCGAAGGAGCAAUGACCACUCAUGUAAAGACUUCAGAAGAAGAGGAGGAUCUCUUCACACGAGGUGUGUCCAAUUUGUGGACCAAAGUCAACCAUAUCGCCCUGGUUGUGAGUGAUGUGGGACGAAGCCUUCAGUUCUAUACCGAUGUGGUGGGAAUGCGACAAAUUCUUAGACCCAACUUCGACAGACAUGGUGCCUGGUUAACGGCUGGCAAUGUGGACAUCCACUUGAUCAAGGGUCGCCCAGCUGUUCACUCAGAUGAUGACUUGAUCGUGUCUCAUGUGGCCAUUGAAGUCGACAAGAUGGAUGAACUCCGAGUGCGCUUGGCCAAGUUGGGCACCAAAUCCCGGAAGAACAUCUCGGUGCCCAACCCCGAAGAGAACAAUCAGGCUGUGGAUCAAGCCUUUGUUCGAGAUCCAGAUGGAUACUACAUCGAGUUCUGCAAUUGCGCAGGUCUGGACGAAUAUCUUCAUCAGACUCCCGUGGGAGAGAAAACCUGGAACCUCGGCAAGGCUCAUGCCGUGGCCUCUGCUUCAAAAUUGAUUCGGCGAAUGGCCGAUGAUUCUCGGCGAAUGAUUGAGAAGAAGAAAGAGAUCUACCAGAAGAAAUUGGACCACGGUCAACUCGACCUAAGUGUUGAUUAUGAGGAGGAUUCCGAUGACGAGGAAUGUGCGGUGGAUAAGAUCAAAUUGGGCAAUCUCGUCCAAAGACGCAAGGUUUAUGGGGACAUCACCCAAAACACACAGGACGUUGCCGAGCUGGAAGGACUGCUCAAGCGCUACAAGAAUGAUGUGCCUCGGGUGAUCCGACAUUUGGAGGAACGAGUUUGGCGUAAAGGCACCCAUACCUACAUCCCACCGGCAUUUUACGACCGUGAUGGGACCUUCUAUCAGCCUCCGAGUUUUGAGAUGAAACUGUCCUCGUUGACCAACACGGAUGCCCACCGAGACCAAUGAUUUAUUCAUUCGCCUACUGGACCUGAUGAUAACUAACCAUGCUGACUUUGGUGGUGGUAGAUAAGAUUUUGGACAGGACUAACAACGAAAGAUGUCAUUGGUGUUGGGAACAAAAAAAACAUUAGGGUUAAGAGAUUCAUCCGGCGCAAAAAUGUUGCGACCAGAGAUUAUUGGUCAGCUAAUUUAUCAAUCUAACACUGUAUUUAUUCCAUUAUUUAAGUUGAUUAAUCGAUUAA